CAAGGCAGGGAAAGGCCCUCAGGAAAGGGAAAGACCCUGGGACUGAAGACAAAGGUGAAGAACAGACAGUCUUCAAGAAAAGGAAAAGGCUCUGGGAUUGGAGACAAAGGUGAAGAACAGACAGUCUUCAAGAAAAGGAAAAGGCUCUGGGAUUGGAGACAAAGGUGAAGAACAGACAGUCUUCAAGAAAAGGAAAAGGCUCUGGGAUUGGAGACAAAGGUGAAGAACAGACAGUCUUCAAGAAAAGGAAAAGGCUCUGGGAUUGGAGACAAAGGCGAAGAACAGAGACAGUCCUCAGGAAAGGGAAAAGGCUCCGGGACUGGAGACAAAGAGGACCAGACAGCCAAGGGCAACACCAGGCAGAGCUGCUUCUAAGUGAGGUGGGUCCAGCAAGCAGGACCCAAACCCAUGGAAGGUGAGCUUUGAUACCAGAAGAAAGUUGGGCUGGAAGAAAAGUGUUUUGGAAAGAGAGGCUGGUGUAACUGGCAGAAUCAAAGAUGAUGGCUAAUACAUGGCUUCUUGUCUUGGUAUUACAAUUACUACAUGGGGUGACAGGUUCCUUGGUAAAAUUCAACAAUAGUGGGUUUGAAAACGUUGUUAUUGCAAUUAAUCCUCAGUUACCAGAAGAUGACAAAAUUGUCAGCAAUUUAAAGGAAAUGGUUAAAGAGGCAUCUACUUAUCUGUUCGAUGCUACAAAACAAAGAUUUUACUUCAAGACUAUAAAAAUUAUAGUUCCUUUGACAUGGACAAGCAAACCUGAAUACGGAAGACUAACCAUAGAGUCCUAUGAAAACGCAGAUGUCAUAGUGGCAGAUCCUUUCCUGAAAUAUGGAGAUGAUCCAUACACAUUGCAGUAUGGAGGAUGCGGAGAACAGGGACGAUACAUUCAUUUCACAUCAAACUUUCUGACAAAUGACAGUUUGCAUGAUGUUUAUGGACCACGAGGUAGAGUCUUGGUCCAUGAGUGGGCUCAUCUAAGAUGGGGCGUAUUUGAUGAAUACAACAAUGAUGCACCUUUCUAUGCUGCCGGACAAAACAAAGUUGAAGCAACAAGAUGCUCAGCUAAAGUCACAGGAAAAUAUGUAUUCUCAACUAAAGAUGGAAAAACCAGAGCAUGCAAAUAUGAUCACCGAACUCAGCUGUAUGAAGCAGGGUGUCAAUUUAUACCAGAUAGAAAGCAACGUACCCCAGCAUCUAUUAUGUACAUGCAAAGCCUUUCUUCAGUUACUGAGUUCUGUGACAACAGUAGCCAUAACGUUAAAGCAACAAAUAUGCAUAACAAACUGUGUGACUACAGAAGCACCUGGGAAAUAAUCAUGACAUCUAACGACUUUGUCAGUUCAUCUCCAUCAAGUGCUCCUCCACCUGACCCAAUCUUCUCCUUGCUACAAACCCAGGAUAGAGUUGUGUGUUUAGUACUUGAUGUUUCUGGUAGUAUGUCUUCAUAUAAUCGCAUUAAUCGACUGAGGCAAGCUGCAGAAAUAUUUAUCCGUCAGAUUAUUGAAGCAGGUUCCUGGGUUGGAAUUGUCACAUUCAAUAGUGCUGCAACAAUUCAGACUGGUCUACAACAGAUAAUCAGUGACAGUGUGCGUGAUUCUCUUAUACGUGUUCUGCCUAAGUCAGCUGCUGGAGGAACUAGCAUCUGUUCAGGAGUGAAAAAAGGAUUUGAUGUGUUUUUACAGAAAUAUACAAGUACUGAAGGAUGUGAAAUUGUGCUGUUAACAGAUGGAGAAGAUCCAACUAUAAAUUCUUGCUUUAGUGCUGUUGAAAGUAGUGGGUCAAUAAUUCAUACCAUUGCCUUGGGACCAAGUGCUGCAAAAGAACUAGAAAUGUUGGCCAAUAAGACAGGAGGUUUGAGAUUUUCUGCUACUGAUAACUUGGAUUCCAACAGCCUUAUAGAAGCUUUCACUGGAAUUUCUUCAAGGGAUGGAAAUAUCUCCCAACAAGCUAUUCAGCUUGAAAGUAAAGGUCAGAGCAUCAAAAGCAUGGAGUGGCUGAAUGGUAUCAUAUCCAUUGAUAAAACUGUGGGAAAUGACACUUUCUUCAUAGUUACUUGGAAUGAAAGUACAUAUGCACCAGGAAUAUUCCUGACUGAUCCAAAAAGAAAAAAGUAUAGUCACACAGACUUUGUAAUUGACAGUACCAAUCAUCAUAUGGCUCGACUCAAGAUUAAUGGAACUGCAGAGGUUGGAGAUUGGGCUUACCAAAUUCUCAAUACACACACAGCACCUCAAGUCAUAUCAAUGACAGUCACCACUCGAGCGGCAUCUCUAACUGAGCCCCCAGUGACUGUGAAGUCAUAUUUGAAUAAAGAUACUAAUAACUACCCUAAUCCAAUGAUCAUUUAUGCAGAAGUGAGUCAAGGUUUUUUGCCUGUUACUGGUGCAAAUGUCACAGCCACGGUUGAACCAGCAUCUGGAGCUGCUGUUGAGCUAGAAUUAUAUGACACUGGUUCAGGUGCUGAUAUUCGUAAGAAUGAUGGAAUCUACUCAAGAUAUUUCAUAUCUUUCAAUGGAAAUGGAAGAUACAACAUAAAAGUACGUGUCCAAGGGAAAGAUAAGACUGUCAGGCGUGUCCGGAGAUAUAGUCAAGCUCUAUAUGUACCAGGAUAUGUAGAAAAUGGUGUAAUAAAAAUGAACACACCAAGACCUGAAGUUAGUGAGGAUGAAAUCCAACCAGACCUAGGAAAUUUCAGCAGAAUUGCAUCAGGAGGUUCUUUUGUACUGUCAGGAGCUCCUUCAAGUAGUUCAAGUCCUCCAGAUCUCUUUCCACCCUGUAAAAUCACUGACCUAGAAGCACAGUUAGAAGAUGAUGAAUUCCUUUUGUCAUGGACAGCUCCUGGGAAUGACUACGAUACUGGAAAAGCAGAAAGAUAUGAAAUAAAAAUGAGUGAAAAUCCCUUGGAAUUAAGAAAUGCCACCUUUCCUUUGGCCAUUUCUGUGAACACAUCUGGUCUGACAACUGAUUUUGCUGGAGUUAAACAAACCUUUCAAUUUAAGCCUGAAAACUUCACAAAAGUAAAUGGCACCGCUAUCUACUUUGCAAUCCGAGGCAUUGAUGACAGUAAUAAUGUUGGCGAAGCAUCCAAUAUAGCAAGAACAGUUGUACUUGUUUCCACAUUUCCUACUUCUCUCCCUACUACAGCUGAAAAUUACACUACGGCCUCUCUUGCUUCUUCCAAUAAAGAAAACAAGAACAGCAUCAUAAAUACAACUACGAUUAUAGUGAUCAUAGUAUGUGCUUCUGUAGUUAUUAUUUGUGCUAUUGUAAGUAUAACAAUUUGUAUUUUACGAAAACGGAAAAACAGAAAUCCUGCUACAGGAAUGUAGUAACUUGACUUCUAAGAGAAAUACUGUGCAGUAUCUUGGCAUCCACGUGCAGAAGACACACCAAGUUUUUUCACAGUCCCCUCUAUUGCUGCAGCUCUCUCCAGUUCCUGGAAAGAUCACUCCUGGGGAUGCAGGAUCCAUGCAGAGAAACAUCUGUGAGGCUUGAUAGGCUGGAGUGAAGAGGCACAAGGGAAUGAAUAUCCUGCCUCCACCUCCUGCUCUUUGUGAGCUUUGCUUGUGGAAAAGGAAGGAAAAGUGAUUUCAGCUCCUUGACUUACUUCACUCCAGCCUUUUCACCCCAAAUGGCUGUUCCUACAUGUGUCCUUCGACCCUGUCAUUGAUCCAGAGGUUAGAAAAAGAUGUAGCAGCAGAGAGGAAUGCAGAACUACAUCUUUUGCCCACAGAUUGGUAAGACACUGCCAACUAAAUUAUAUAAUAAAUUUCUAACUGAAGACGUAAAGAGAAAUGUAUAAUCUGUGUUAUUUUAUAUACUUUAAUCCCAUCUUUUCCUAAAAUGGGGACAGGUUUCAUUUCCUGGUUUUCCUGGUUUCAGAGACUUUAAAUAGUAAAACUGAUGUAGACAGAUUUCUCCCUCCUAUGGCAGACAUCCGAGUCCCUCCCUCCUCAUGCUGUUCCUUUUGGGGGGUGUCUCCUGUCCUCUAGGAGCAACACUGGCUCCAAUCCUGCAAAUACUUGAUCAUAUGGUAUCACACAGUUCUAAAUAAAGAAUUG